GGGAGGUCUAAGUCUGGGCCCAAUUAAGGGAUCAGAGGGGGCAGAGUUUGGGAGCCUCCCAGUGAGGAGCUGAGUGGCGGCUCAUCCAGUGGGGUAUAAAGCGUGCCCUGCCCGCAAUGAGCAGGGACAGAGUCUUUGCAGCCAUGGUCCAGCACUGGGGCCCAUACGUGCUGGCCGGCGCACAGGCGCAGGAUGCCCACGAGGACAGCACCCAGGCCAACUUGUUCACCUACACCAACAGCAACUCCACGCGAGGCCCCUUCCAUGGCCCCAAACACCACAUCGCACCCAGGUGGGUGUACCGCCUCACCAGCGCCUGGAUGAUCAUUGUGGUCAUUGCGUCUGCCUUUACCAAUGGGCUUGUACUAGUGGCCACUAUGCUCUUCAAGAAGCUGCGCCACCCCCUGAACUGGAUCCUUGUGAACCUGGCGGUCACCGACCUAACAGAAACACUCAUCACUGGCACCAUCAGCGUCGUGAACCAGAUCUAUGGCUACUUCGUGCUGGGCCAUCCUCUGUGCAUGGUGGAGGGCUACACCGUCUCCCUGUGUGGCAUCACAGGCCUCUGGUCCCUGGCCAUCAUCUCCUGGGAGAGGUGGCUGGUGGUGUGCAAGCCCUUUGGUAACGUGCGGUUUGAUGCCAAGCUGGCUAUUGUGGACAUUGUGUUCUCCUGGGUCUGGUCUGCGGUGUGGAUGGCCCCACCCCUCUUUGGCUGGAGCAGGUACUGGCCCCACAGUCUGAAGACCUCCUGCGGCCCGGACGUGUUGAGUGGCACCUCGCACCCCGGCGUGCAGUCCUACAUGAUGGUGCUCAUGGUUACCUGCUGCGUUAUCCCGCUCGGCGUCAUCGUGUUGUGUUACCUGCAUGUGUGGCUGGCCAUCCGGGUGGUAGCAAAGCAGCAGAAAGAGUCCGAGUCCACCCAGAAAGCUGAGAAGGAGGUGACACGCACGGUGGUGGUCAUGGUCCUAGCCUACUGCCUCUGCUGGGGGCCUUAUGCCUUCUUCGCGUGCUUCGCCGCUGCCCAUCCUCACUACUCGUUCCACCCUCUGGUGGCUGCCUUGCCAUCCUACUUUGCCCAAAGCGCCACCAUCUACAACCCUGUCAUCUAUGUCUUCAUGAACCGGCAGUUUCGAAAUUGCAUCUUGCAGCUUUUUGCGAAGAAGGUUGAGGACAGCUCCGAGCUCUCCAGCGCCUCCAAAACGGAGGCCUCUUCUGUGUCUUCAGUGUCACCUGCAUAA